AUGGCUAUUCAUAUACCUUGUGUUAUCACAAAUCAUAUUACCAAAAUGAUGACUGAAACACAUAUUUCCAAUAUUAUGAUGCCUGCUUUAAACAGUAUUGCUUCUGGAAAAGUGGAAGUUGAAAAACCAGAUGAAGGAUGGAAGUCAAAAUUAAAAAGACCUCCACCUGAUAGAAGAGUUCAGACUAGUGACGUAACUGACAGGAAAGGAAAUGAUUUUGAAGAAUUUUGUUUAAAACGAGAGCUACUAAUGGGGAUUUUUGAAAAGGGUUGGGAAAAACCUUCUCCAAUUCAAGAAGCUAGUAUUCCAAUAGCAUUAUCUGGAAAAGAUAUUCUUGCUAGGGCAAAAAAUGGAACUGGAAAGACUGGGGCCUACACUAUACCAGUUCUUGAAUUGGUUGAUCCGAAAAAAGAUGUUAUUCAAGCUCUUAUAAUAGUACCAACUAGGGAAUUGGCACUCCAGACUAGUCAAAUCUGUAUUGAACUGGCUAAACACAUGGAAACAAAAGUGAUGGUAACUACUGGCGGAACCAAUUUAAGGGAUGAUAUUAUGCGAAUUUACCAAAAAGUACAAGUUGUUAUAGCCACUCCGGGACGAAUAUUGGAUCUUAUGGAAAAAAAUGUAGCUAAUAUGGAUGAAUGCAAAACGUUAGUUUUGGAUGAAGCUGAUAAAUUAUUAUCACAGGAUUUUCAAGGAAUGUUGGAUCAUGUUAUUUCACGUUUGCCGAAGGAUAGACAAAUUUUACUUUAUUCAGCUACCUUUCCCGUAACAGUAAAAAAUUUUAUGGAAAAGCAUUUGCACGAACCUUACGAAGUGAAUUUAAUGGAAGAAUUGACGCUUAAAGGUGUGACGCAAUAUUAUGCCUUUGUUCAAGAAAGGCAAAAAGUCCAUUGUUUAAAUACGUUAUUUUCAAAACUACAAAUAAAUCAGAGUAUUAUAUUUUGUAAUUCAACGCAAAGAGUGGAAUUGCUUGCGAAAAAAAUUACAGAACUUGGAUAUUGUUGUUAUUAUAUUCACGCUAAAAUGGCUCAAGCCCACAGGAAUAGAGUAUUUCACGAUUUUAGAAACGGUCUUUGUAGAAAUCUUGUUUGUUCUGAUUUAUUUACAAGAGGUAUAGAUGUACAAGCAGUUAAUGUAGUUAUUAAUUUUGAUUUUCCUAAAAUGGCAGAAACAUAUCUUCAUCGCAUAGGUAGAUCUGGAAGAUUUGGCCAUCUUGGAAUCGCAAUAAAUUUAAUCACAUACGAAGAUAGACUCGCUCUUCAUAGAAUUGAACAAGAAUUGGGAACUGAAAUUAAGCCUAUUCCGAAGGUUAUCGAUCCUUCAUUGUAUGUCGCUAAAUUAGAAGACACUCAAGGUAUUGAGGAAGUAAAUGUAAGUAAAUAA